CCAAAAUUUCCUGAACAGACUUACGCCGUCUUUACUAUAGUUAGACAGUAACCCAGUAAUAAAAUUACUUAUCAGUAAAACAAUUAGGCCAAUGAGUGCAUUAGAUUCCUUAAAGGAUAUUUUGAAUGCCAAAUAUGAAUUGUCCGAUAUACCGGAAGUAUCCAAUUUUAAUAAUUUACAGAUAUAUCUUGAAUCACAAGAGCUGACAGAACCUCAUAAUCCUAAUAUAUUAGAUUCUAUACGAACUCAAGCUUAUACAAAGAAUUCAAAUCAAGUAAGUCAAUUAAGUUCCGAUGAAUUAUUAGAUAUUUCUGAUAAAUUCAAAUGGUAUGAUGAUAAAAUUAAACUGUUCAAAAUUAAAUUAGAACCUAUACAAAAGAUCCUUGAUGAUUUUAAUAAUGAUAUAUCUCAUUUAUCAACUAGUUUAUUAGCAUUACAAGAAAAAUCAACUAAAUUAUCUCUGGAUUCUAAUGUCCAACAUUCAGUAAUUGAAAAACUUAAUAAUAUAGUAUUGGAUUUAAUGGUAUCUCCUGAAGUUUCACGAUCAAUAGUAGAAGAUGAGAUAGAUGAAAAAUGGUUAGAGAAUUUAAGAUUUAUUAAUGAAAAGCAACAAUUCCUUGCUAAUAUUAAGAGUGGGAAGAUAUCUAAGGAAUUAAAGAGUAUUUAUAGUAAUUCUAGAUCUCUUGAACAAUUGGAAUCUGGUAUUAGAUUAUUAUCUAAUAAAGCAGUAGAAAGAAUUAGAGAUUUCCUUAUAUCUAAUAUUAAAAAACUUCGAUCAUCUUCUAAGGCUUCAUCACAAGAAAUUCAACAAAAUCUUAUAAAACUUAAAGAAAUAUUUGUUUUCAUUAAUAAAGAGCAUCCUGCCCUUGCAGCUCAAUUAAGAUUGGCUUAUGUAUAUACUAUGAGAUGGUAUUAUCAAGUAAAAUUUGCUAAAUAUAUUUAUGCAUUAGAAAAACUUCAUAUAAGACAUAUUGAUCUGAACUUUGUAUUGGGAACAGAUGGAGAAGAGAAAUUAAGUGUUUUUGGUACAGCUUGGAAAGGUUGGUUACCUUCAACAUCUUCAUUGGCUCCUACUGUUACUCCUGCACAAUCAGGUUCAGGACAAUUAUCAAUGAAUGAAUAUUUACAAUCGAUUGAUAAAAGAUUGAAUAUAUUAGAGGAUAAUAAGAUUCCUCUGGCAAUUCCCUCUCAAAUUGCAGAAACUACACCUUUUGUAUACUGGUUGGAAUUUGUUUAUAAUCAAUUUGCUGUUGCAUUAACAGAUAAUGUAGUAGUAGAAUAUCUAUUCAUGGUAGAAUUCUUUUAUGAAGAUAAUGAAAAGUUUGGAAAAAUGGAUGCUUCAGCUCGAUUAGAUGAAGAAAAUAAAGGAAAUACUAGUCAAGUUGAAUGGUACAAUAUAAUGUUUAGUAGUACUUUUAAAAUGGGACGAGAAUUUGUUAAUUGGGCUAUUACUCAUAGUCCUUAUUCUAAAACUAUAGGAAGUACAGCUGCUAGUGCAGCAAGAGUUCAUCCAUCAAUUGGAUUUGGAUCAUGUGAUGGGUAUGCUAUAUUAUUUAUUAUACGAUUAGUUCAAUCAUCUCAAUCAAUAUUUCAAAAUAAAUAUCAUAUACCCAUUAUGGAUGAUUAUUUAAAUUCAUUACUAUUAAUCUUAUGGCCUCAAUUUACAAAAAUUAUAGAUCUAAAUUGUGAAGCCAUGAAGAAAAUGAUAUUACUGUCAUCAAAAGUUUCUACCCUUGCUCCAGUUCAUAUAACUCAACAAUUUGCUCAAUAUAUACUGGGAUUAUUAAAGUUAUCUGGUUCUACAGGUAAUGGUGAUAAUAAUAAUUAUAAAGGUGAACCAUUAUUUAAUUCAAUUUUGAGAUUACGUAAUGACUUUGAAAGUUAUUUAACUAAAUUAAGUACUCAUUCAUUUGGUAAUAGUAAAAAUAAAGCAGUAGAAAGAGAAAUCUUUCUAUAUAAUAAUUAUUUCCUUAUUGUAAACAUUUUAAAGAAUGAGAAUACUGAUAUUGGUGUUGUAAAUGGUUUAAUUAAUGAACAAAUAUCUCAUUUUGAACUUUUAUGUGAAGCCUAUAAAAAGAAUACAAAGUAGAUGUCUGUAUAAGUUUAUAUAAUUUUAUUUUAUU